AUGGAGACAAAGCGAGGAAAGGAAUAUGAGUAUAGGAAAACACAAAUGGAAGAAAUGAGUAAGGAAACUAGAGAAGUAAAAGAGAAAAAAGGGAGAGAUAACUGGAAGUUGGCAACCUGGAAUGUGAGAGAAACAAAGAAGAAAGGAAUAGGAGAGCAAGUGAUGAGGGGUGAUCAUUUAAUGAUUUACGGAGGAGUGAAAUAUGAACAACAUGGAGCGGCAGGCGUGGGAUGCAUAAUUGACAAGAAUUGGAGAAAAUAUGUGGAACACUGGCAGGUAUGUUCGGAGAGACUAUUGAAGGUACGUCUGAGGAGAGAAAAAUCCGAGUUGUGGAACAUAAUAGUAGCAUAUGGACCAAAUGAAGACGCAAAGGUGGAGGAUAAGAACAAAUUUUGGGAAGAAUUGAACAUGGUAACAGAGGAAUGCAGGGGAAAAAUCGUGGUGUGUGGAGAUUUUAAUAGCAGGGUUGGAAUAGGAGGAGGAAGAGAUGGGAUCGUCGGUAAAUAUGGAGAAACAAAGAAAACGAACAACGGAGAAAGACUUAUUGAGUACUGCAGGAUGAAUAAUAUGAUAGUUUCGAAUACAUUCUUUGAGCAUAAAGAUGUACAUAGGUACACAAGGCAUGGACAUAACGUUGACGAUAGAUCAAUAAUAGAUUACUUCUUAGUAGAAAGAGAUAAUAGAAGGGACAUCGCAGAUGUAAGAGUGCACAGGGGAGCGGAAAUAGGAAGUGACCAUUAUAUGCUUGUAGCAAAGAUAAUGAGUGAAGGAAAAGAGAAGGUCGAACAUAGGCAACUUAAUGAAGGAUAUGAAAAUAUAAAAAGCUAUAAACUGAGAGAAAUGAGUGUAGCAGAAGAAUACAGGAAAGAUGUAGAAGAGAAUAUGACUAGGGUGGAAAUAGGAGUUGAGGAGGGAGUGGAGGAAGUAUGGGGAAGGUUCAAGAAUAUACUAAUGGAAUCAGCAAAAAGAGUGUGUGGUAGUGUUAAAAUUGGGAGAAACAGAAGGGGCACAGCCUGGUGGAAUGACAACUUGAAGAGACAAAUUAAAAUGAAGAAAAUAUUGUGGAAGAAAUAUCUAAAGAAUAGAAAUGCAUGUAAUUAUCGGAAAUAUAAAGAACAAAGGAAGAGAGUUAAGCAAGUAACACUGGAAGAAAAGGAGAAAACAUGGAGAGAUUUUGGAGAGAGAAUGGAGAAAAAUUACACGGAAAAUAGAAAGCUUUUUUACAGAGUCAUGAAAAAUAUGAGGAAGGGGGAGAAGGUUGACAAUACAUCGAUCAAGUGUAAAAGAAACAGAUUGCUUGUGGGAGAGAAGGAAAUAAUGGAAAGAUGGAAGGAACACUUCAUUGAAUUACUGAAGGGAAAUGAAGUCAAAAAAGUAGAUACACAAAAAAAAGAUAAGCGAUGA